AUGGAUGCCCACAACUCCUCGUCCUUCAAGAAGUUCAACGCGACCGUCGCCAAUGACAUCUGGCCGGAGGUUCUAUUCUUCUCUGCGAUUGCCACAAUGGUCUACUUAGUGUCGACGAUGACUUCGACCGACCUAAGCAUAGACAGCAGCUUGUUGACAGUAUUGGGUGUGGUCCUCGGUGUGGUCGUAUCCUUCCGAACAUCGACGGCGUACGAAAGAUAUCAAGGCGGGAGGGAGAUGUGGACUAACAUCAACAUAGCAUCAAGAAACUUGGCGCAAUUUAUCUGGAUCUACGUCCCCACUGAGGGAAGACAACGCAACGAAUUGAAAGCUAUCAUUGAGAAGAAGACCAUGGUCAACUUGGUACAAGCAUUCUCCGUAGCUGUCAAGCAUCUACUGCGUGGUGAAUCUGGGAUAUAUUACGAGGAUCUUUACCCUCUCAUCUGCCAUUUGCCACGGUAUGCGGACACGAAGGCUCCGCGGCAGGUUGAAAACGAUAUUCUCCCUCUCUUCCGUCGGGGCCGCGAGCCACAGCAUACGACUUCCCUUCCUGAACCCAAGGAUGACCACGACAUCAUGGAUGAUGACAAGUCCACCAACGCCUCCUGGUACCAAACACUGAGUAGAAGGUCGCCGCGCAAGCAGGGACUUGAUACAUUCGAUCCAGAGAAAGUACUACCAACAGUCAAAAGCGAGCAACCAUUGAAGCCCGGGCGCAAUCCCCCAGAGACAUCUAUCUACGAUUACAUCCCUCUCUUCCGUUUCCUCAAAUGGCUCGCUUUGAUCAUCUUCCGCCGCACCGCGUCUCUCACUCGGAUGACGGACGAACGUCAGAAGAUGGGUAGGGAUGCUCUUGGAAGGAAAAGGAAAAUGGGCUCAAUGGAAAGCAACGUUCCUAUGGAAAUCUGUCUAUAUCUCUCGAGUUACUUUGCAUAUCUCAUGAGGCAAAAUUUGAUUAAACCACCAGUCGAUUCGGCUCUCACCAACAAUUUAUCUUCUCUCCAAGAGGCCAUGUCCAACUUGGACCGUAUCAGGAAUACUCCGUUGCCUUUUGCAUAUCAGGUGCAUCUUCGAAUGUCACUAUGGCUUUACCUCUUCUUCCUGCCGUUCCAAAUACUUCCAAAGUUUGGCAACCUGGUGAUUCCGGCCACGGCGUUCUCUUCGUUCCUGCUUCUCGGGUUCUUGGAAAUCGGCCAAGAAAUUGAGGAUCCUUUCGGAUACGAUGCCAAUGAUCUCGAUCUGGACGGUUUCUGCUUGCGCAUCCAGCGGGAGAUCCAUGAAAUAACUGCACACCACUGCCCCACCCCUGAUAUCUUCGUGUUCAGUGCUUGGAAUAAGCCAUUCGCACCUACUGAUGAACGUACCGCCGAGACUUUGCGCGGAAUUCUUCCUCAUGAGUACAUGGUUCCUGGUCGCGAUGUGUAUGUACAACCCGGGUCGGCAAGCAUCAGGCGUACACUGUUGAACAGCUGGCGGACCGUUGAUCGUGUCACUCGGCAUUCGUGA